CCGCCACGCCCCAGACCUGGGAGGGGAGGCUCUUUCUGUUAGCCCAGGAGGAAAGAAAGAACUGGGGCGAUCCGGAAUCCGGUGGCCUUAGUUGGUAGAACAGAGUACGACAUGGGAAAGAAAACCAAACAGACAGCUGAUAGUUCUUCUUCUGAGGAUGAAGAGGAAUACGUCGUAGAGAAGGUGCUAGACAGACGUGUGGUGAAAGGGCAAGUGGAAUAUCUACUGAAGUGGAAAGGCUUUUCUGAGGAGCACAAUACUUGGGAACCAGAGAAAAAUUUGGAUUGUCCUGAACUAAUUUCUGAGUUUAUGAAAAAAUAUAAGAAGAUGAAGGAGGGUGAAAAUAACAAGCCCAGAGAGAAGUCAGAAACUAACAAGAGGAAAUCUAAUUUCUCUAAUAAUGCUGAUGAUAUCAAAUCAAAAAAAGAGAGAGAGCAGAGCAAUGAUAUCGCUCGGGGAUUUGAGAGAGGACUGGAACCAGAAAAGAUUAUUGGGGCGACAGAUUCCUGUGGCGAUUUAAUGUUCCUAAUGAAAUGGGAAGACACAGAUGAAGCAGACUUGGUUCUGGCAAAAGAAGCUAAUGUAAAGUGUCCACAGAUUGUGAUAGCAUUUUAUGAAGAGAGACUGACGUGGCAUGCGUAUCCAGAGGACGUGGAAAACAAAGAGAAAGAAACGGCAAAGAGCUAAAGAGAGGGCUGCUCUCCAACAUUUCUCUUUGUAUAUAAUACAGUCACCUCCCUGCCUCCUCUCCCUCUACCCACCCCCUUCAUCCUAAACACAUCGAUAAAAAUGUGCUUAUCACUGUGCUCCACAGGAGAAAUGUUGGUAUUGGUUCUCUUGUAACAUAACUGAUGGUCUGAUUCAUGAUAAGUGUCUCUGUGAAGACCAGGCAUUUAUUUACAUAC